UAUUCCGCCCGCUGUGUGUGCGUGUGUAUUUGCAAGAGAGCGUGUGUGUGUGUGUGUGCAUAUGACUCGUGUGUUUAGCCGACAAUUGGAGAAAAAAGCAUUAGAAUCCCAAUUGGCUAACUAAACUAAAGUUGGCUUGGCCAAACAUAAACAAAAAGUGCGGGCGCAGCGAUUUGGCAGCGACACAGAAUCACCAAAGUGUUUUUUGGCAGAUAUAUAAAUUAAAUAUAGAAACGAAUCAAGCAGGAAAAUACCGGAUAAUAAUUGGCAAAGAUGCAGAUCAAAGAAUUCCGUGUGACUUUGCCAUUGACUGUGGAAGAGUAUCAAGUUGCACAAUUAUUCUCGGUGGCCGAGGCGUCAAAGGAGAAUACGGGAGGCGGCGAGGGCAUCGAGGUGUUAAAGAACGAACCCUUCGAAGACUUUCCCCUGCUGGGUGGCAAAUACAAUUCCGGUCAAUAUACAUAUAAGAUCUACCAUCUGCAAUCAAAAGUUCCAGCCUACAUAAGACUAUUGGCACCCAAGGGCUCAUUGGAGAUCCACGAGGAGGCAUGGAAUGCCUAUCCCUAUUGUCGAACGAUUAUCACGAAUCCUGGUUAUAUGGAUAAAAACUUUAAAAUAGACAUUUAUUCGCAACACAUAGAAAAUGACCUUGGCACUGUUGACAACGUGCACGAGCUGACGCCGGAUAAGCUGAAAGUGCGAGAGGUAGUGCACAUCGACAUUGCCAACGAUCCGGUGCUGCCCGCGGACUACAAGCCCGAUGAGGAUCCAACCACCUACCAGUCAAAGAAGACGGGCCGCGGUCCCCUGGUGGGAUCCGACUGGAAAAAGCAUGUUAAUCCUGUCAUGACCUGCUACAAGCUGGUCACGUGCGAGUUCAAAUGGUUCGGCCUGCAAACAAGAGUAGAGAAUUUCAUACAGAAAUCGGAGCGCCGCCUCUUUACAAACUUCCAUCGCCAAGUUUUCUGUUCAACCGAUCGCUGGUACGGUCUAACAAUGGAGGACAUCCGCGCCAUCGAGGACCAGACGAAGGAGGAGCUGGACAAGGCGCGGCAGGUGGGCGAGGUGCGGGGUAUGCGCGCGGAUGCCGAUUAAGUCUAGUAGAAAAUUGUAAACAAAAUAUGUGUAUGUAAAAACCAGGCAAAACAAGAAAACAAAACUAAAAGGCAAAGCAAAACAAAACAAAGCAAAGCAAAACAGAUUAAUGAAAUUGAGAUAAAAUUGCAUAAAUAAAUUUACGAUAUAAACUAACACCAUGAAAACAAAAUGAAACGAAAUUAAAGCAAUGUGAAGCCACAGCAGCGUCAACUGAAACAAAAGCAAACUAAGCGAACACCAAGUGUACGGCAACCGCAGCAACAAAGCUUAGUACUAGUGUAGCACACGACAACAAAUUAAAGAACCCGAGAAACGGUUGCAACCGCAGUAAGUUAGUUAAGUUCCUUCCACUGCACUGUAUGUAAAAUGUAACCAGGAUGCCGAGCAACACAACACAGGACAUCUGUCGACGACACUCUCCUCCACGCAUGGCCAGCACCACGUCUAAGCCCAUUGUUUAAGUUGCAUUUUGUAAAUUGUGAAAUAAACCAAAUGACAGUUAAUGUAAAAAGUUAAA